AUGAGCAACUAUCAUGCUGGCGCAGAUAACGAACCCCUUGACUCUCAGAGCUCCGAGGCAGGGCAGCCGCAAGCUGCUCGUCCGGGGGGCUCAGAAGAGACAGAAAAACGGGCAUCGUCAGUCAGCAGUGUUGGAUCAUUGUCAAGCUCGAGCUCUUCUGUCGAUUACCCAACGCAACUGCAUGGGCUGCAGUCUCGCAACACAGAAGUAGACUUGGAGCGACUCCGGACUGCAGGAUCUCAACCCCUCAGCAGAAUAGAAACUCAACGACUGCAGCAUGCGCUUACUGUCGGUCGAAGUAUAAAAUCUCGCACUUCCAAGGCCUCGCUACCGGCGUUUGGGGCUGGCAAGCCAUACCCACCCCUCCUACCUGCCCAGGAAGAUUAUGUGGUCGAGUUUGAUGGGGAUGACGAUCCUCUAUAUCCGCAGAACUGGCCGCUGAAGAAAAAACUGUAUAUAAGUGCCAUUCUCGCUUUCACCAGUAUAUGUUCUACCUUCGAUUCGGCUAUAUUCAGCACGUCAACCGCGUAUGUUGCGCAGCACUUUGGUGUUGGUCUUGAAGUUGCCACUCUUUCCAGCUCGCUAUAUAUCAUGGGAUAUGCUUUUGGGCCUCUAAUGUGGGCCCCCAUCUCGGAACUUAAUGGGCGUCGCCUACCUAUCGUUGUAGCUAUGUUGGGGUUUGGCAUCUUCAACACCGCUGUCGCCGUUUCCAAGGACAUACAAACCCUCAUGAUUUCUCGUUUCUUCUCCGGUGUCUUUGGCAGCUGCCCGCUAGCCGUCGUCGCGGCUGUUUUUUCGGAUAUCUAUAACAGCCGCACACGUGGCACAGCAGUCGCUAUGUUUUCCUGCACCGUAUUUUUGGGCCCGAUGUUGGCACCGUUCAUCGGUGGUUUUAUCAACCUAUCUUAUCUGGGCUGGCGCUGGACAGCCUACAUUCCCGCUAUAAUGGGAUAUACUGCAUUCGUGCUCAAUCUCGUUUUCCUAAAAGAAUCAUACCCACCUGUGGUUCUUGUUGAAAAGGCAUCCGAGUUGCGCCGUCGCACCAAAAAUUGGGGCAUACAUGCCAAGCAAGAAGAAAUCGAAGUGGAUUUUCAAGAAUUGAUUAUCAAUAAUUUCUCCCGUCCCCUGCGUUUAUUGAUAAAAGAACCAUUGAUCUUAGCUGUCACGAUCUAUCUAAGUUUUAUCUAUGGGCUUCUGUACUGCUUUUUAACCGCUUAUACCUUGGUGUUUCAAGGAGUACACGGCAUGAAUGCUGGAAUUGGAGGAUUGCCCUUAUUCGGCAUGAUUGUGGGCAUUAUUAUCGCAGCAUCUUACAUUGUCUACUCGAGCAAGGCAUACAGCGCCAAGUUGGCUGCUAAUGGGGGAGUCCAGGUUCCGGAGUGGCGCCUCCCACCUGUGAUUGUCGGUGGUGUUCUGUUUGCUGUGGGCCUUUUUUGGUUUGGGUGGACCGGGUUCAGGAGCGAUAUUCCCUGGAUUGCACCAACACUCAGUGGCUUAUUUACGGGAUUUGGUCUCUUGAUGAUUUUCAUUCAAUUAUUCAAUUACCUUAUUGACACCUAUCUUAUGUUCGCUGCUUCGGCACUAGCAGCAAACACGUUUUUCCGCUCAAUAGUAGCUGCGAGCUUUCCUCUUUUCUCACGCCAAAUGUUCAACAACAUGGGUAUCCAGUGGGCAGCGACCCUGCUUGGCUGCCUAGCCGUUGUCAUGGUCCCAAUUCCAGUCUGUUUUUACUUAUUCGGCAAGAAACUGAGAAUGAAGAGCACUUUUGCUCCGUAUUAUGAGAGGCCAGAAGUGCAACAGGAAACCCAAGAGGAACUGGUAAUGAAUGAGGUUGUGAGAAGUAACCAAGCUGAAUAG